AUGGCGACCGCGAAAGAAGAUUGCGAUAUCGACGCUAUAGAGACUGAAUUUUUAGGACUACAAGUAAAUCCAAAGGAAUGUCAGGGUCAGGAUAUCCGUAUUUCACCUUAUCAAAUAAAGAACAAAGCAGGAGGUUAUGUUUAUGAAACGGAUCUAAAGACGCAAUUGGCUAGGUUUCUAUUACUAGGGUCUUCAAAGUUGUUUUAUCAAACUGAAAGUAUGGACUUUACUUCACAAGAUUUCACCUGUAUUUCAAUAUUAAUCCAUGAUGGCUUUGGUAAAAAAGUUGUUGAAUUUAUCAAACAUUUCUCGGAAGAAGGCCGUGCCUACAGACAAGAAUCUUUGUUGUUUGCAUUAGCAGUUUGCUGCAAAUCUAAUGACCUUGAAACAAAACGUGCUGGGUACAAUGCAUUACAAUCCGUGUGUCGGAUUCCAUCUCAUCUAUUUCUCUUCAUUGAUUAUUGCAAGGAAAUCAGCGAAGAAAAUCACUCUUCAAAAGGAUGGGGGAGACAACAUCGCAAGGCUGUCAGCAACUGGUAUAUCAAUUUCGGAAUGGAGGAAUCCAAAUUGAUACUUUUAGCUCAGUAUUUGUCAAAAUACAAAAAGAGAUAUGGGUGGACUCAUAGAGACAUUAUUCGGCUAGCACAUCCCAAAGUAAGCGAGACAAACCCCGCUUUAAAAUACCUUAUAAUGGUUGCAGUGAAAGGUAAACGUUUUGCCGACUCAAGCGAUUUUAUGAAGAAUGAAAGAAAGAAACCUGAUUUUGUCACUUCUUUUCUGGCAGAAAUAAUUAAGUACUUUGACAAAGUCGAAAAUGCUAAAAAAUCAAAAGACGUUAACACUAUUGUAGAGUUAAUCUUGAGGUUCAAAUUAGUAAGGGAACAUAUUCCAACAUGUUUUCUAAAUGAGAAAGAAGUCUGGAAAGCCCUUAUUAAGCAUAUGCCAAUGACGGCAAUGAUGAGAAACCUGGGGAAGAUGUCCAGCUUAAACCUCUUUCGAACGAAACGGGACAGUGUAAAUGAAAUAUCAUUUGAAGAGCAAAUAAUAACUGACAAACUGAAAAACAGAGAACUUAUUUGCAAAGCGAGAAUUCAUCCAUAUGCCUAUUUUGUGGCACUUAGUAAGUACAACCAAGGAUUGGCAAUGAAUGUAAACUUGAGUUGGCCUGUUUGUCCUCAUAUUGCUGAUGCUCUCGAAGAAGGAUUCUACAUUUCUUUUAUUAACGUUACGCCGACGAAAAAGCACUUUCUAUUGGCUCUUGAUGUAACAAGUGAUAUGCAUUUGACUGCCAAAAAGUGUGAAGUUGACACACACAGUCUAUCGGCACUUGAUGCUGCCAUUUUCAUGAUUGUGCUGACUACAAGAACCGAGUCUUUUUCUGAGACUAUCCUCUUCUCAGAUGAUAAAUAUUUGCCAAUAUCUGUCAAUUCAAAUGACACGUUUCAUGAUCUAAAGCAAAAUGUUUGUAAAAAAAUAAGCGGUUAUAAAUCCUCAACAUCUGAUGUUUCUCUUCCUUUCAAAUAUGCUAUAGAAAGACGAAGGCUUGCUGAUGUAUUUGUUAUUUUCACAAACUCUGAUAAAUCCCUGGGUAGUGUCCAUCCAGCUCAAGCAGUACAAUUCUACAGAGAGUCUUCAGGAAAGAAAGAUGCACGGCUUAUUGUUUGCGAAAUGGGAUCAUCUAAACACUCUGUUGGGGAUAUCGAAGAUCGCUAUACAUUGACAGUGUCAGGAUUUGAUUCCAAUGUACCAAAAUUAAUAAAUGACUUUGCCCAAGGAAUUAUAGGAUAA